AUGUUCGUCGAAUUUUCGGAAUCUCCUGAUGGAUCUCUCAUUGGUGGAGGAGGUACCACAGAUCAGUUAGGAUUCCCACUGAGUCCACCGGCUCCGACUUCAUUCUGGAUUUGGUUCUAUUUGAGCGUUUUCUGCAAUUUGUUAUGCCUUGGACUCAACACCGUCUUCAGUGCUGUCAGUAUAAUAGAAAGACAUCGAACGUUUAGGAACUGCUUCUAUACAAUAGUACUUGCAUUCUCGCUGAGCGUGGUGGUGGGCAGUCUUUGCAACCUCGUCUAUCAGAUCCUUAGCCUCGCCGAUAUUCUCCAUCUCUAUGGAUCUGGUUGUUUCGUUUUACUCCGCUCUGCUGGUGUUCUUUCUUGGGGCUUAAUCGCUUUGCUGCUUUCUCAUCGACGAUCCUCCGUGAGCGCCUUAUGGAGAAUUUAUGCAUUCAGAAAGGUUGUCCUUUGUGUUCUACUGGGACUUCUUGUGUUCUCUUCAGUAAUUGCUGUGCUGGUAUUGGAAAUGAGUGCAAUGCGAAGGGUUUCCCAUCAAAAUACCAUCUAUGCCGACAAGUACAUUUUGGUCAAGGGAAGUUCACGCAGCUUAAAAAAAUUAGCUCUUUAA